AUGUUCAAAUUUAACUUCAAAAUAUUUAGUCGUAAAGUACAUCUUGAAAAAUAUCAAAGAAUCCUGAAACGAUCUCCACCAAUAAAAAACCAACAACGAGCUGACUUCAUUUCAAAAAUACAACAAUUACCUGAAAAAGAAGUAUUAUUAGCAACCAGUCUUAUAUCAAAUAUGUGA